UGCUCUUCAGUAUAUUCUGAGGCGCACUGACAGACCCCCCAGAGGAGGGGGGUUGGCAGCGGCGUGCGGCGGCGCGGCGCCGGAGGGGGCUCGCCCCCCCCCCCUCCCGGAGCGGAGGGGGAAGACAGUCGUGCCAGUGUGCUGCUGGCUAGCAGACCGACUGGCCGACGCUCGUCGGAGACGAUACACAGAGCUCGGCAAAACGGGAGACAGAUGUUCCACUUCUGCUAGGCGACUACAGUGCAACCUACAGGCAACCACAGAAGUGAUAGUUGCCAGUGGAUGUCACUUCAGUUUUCCGCCUGAGGGGGCGUGCGGCGAAGUGCCAGGCCCUGACGGCCUUCCCUUGGAAGUGAGCCCAAGGGGCGUCUGCAGACACCACAAUUAUGUCCGGUAGAAGGGUAAAGAAGGCGUACUCUGGAGAAAAGAAAGAUCGGUCGCAGCGGCCUCUCAACGUGGGACCCAACAAACACCGCAACAAGGAAGCUGUCGAUCGGGAACCGACGCCAGCUGUCAGCGAAAAGGAACUUGAAGAGCUGAAGAUGGUCUUUCGGCUGACGGAUAAGAACGGAGACGGCAGCAUCACGUCCACCGAGCUGAAGGAGAUGCUGCACACCAAGCUGAGCAUUGACGUCGACGACUCCCUGCUCACGGACCUGAUGAACUCAGCUGGCGAACAGGCCGAAGGUCUCAUCAGUGAGCAGCAGUUCAUCACGUGGUUCCUCAAGAUGCAGACGCUCUCCCCCUCGGAAGGGGGUGACAAGAGUUCUGACAUCUCCACAGACCUGAGCGCUGCCUUCCGACUGUUCGACAAAGACGGCAACGGGUUCAUCACCAUAGAUGAGCUAAGGCGAGCUAUGGAGCUGAUUGACGAGCCACUGACUGAGGCCGAGCUCCGCUCUCUCAUUCGCAUGGCUGACGCCGACAACAACGGCAAAAUUGACUAUGAAGAGUUCUUGAAGAUGCUGCUUUGAUGACACGUCUGCAAUCGCAGCCUGUUGCUUUUCUGUGUCUGAAUAUCGACGUUAACUCCCACAAGUGUAUAGCGUUCUCAUCCAUCGUGUCUUCUGCGUCACCUAGCGGUGUAGCUUAGAAGCUGUGGUUACGAUUCUGUCCGCCAGAGGCGCUGUCCUCGGGCUGAGGAACGGCGGCGGAUCGUACCGAAGGCCAUAGACGUCGCCACGAGGGAAAUUAGAGAGUCAAUGAGCCAACAUUCAAUCUAACAUCUACACAGCAUGCUUGGCAAUGAAAGUUUAUUUGGGAGAAAUGUAGGCAAAACCAAAUGGUGGAUGCGUACAUAUAGGAGAAAAAUUGAAGAUGGUUGUGUGUCAGCUACCUACAAUUGCGAACAUCGAGAUUCGAGAGCUAUUAGAUAAUGACAUACACAAUCAUUUGUUAAGUCCUAUAGAUUCAUCCGAAUUAAUUGUAACCGAAAGGUUAUCAGUAUAGGCACACUCACUUUGAAUAUUAUACGCUAAAUAUUAGAUUGUCAUCAGGCCUGAAUGCCUACAAAAAUAAGCAAUGCAUUCGGUAAUGUCAUUCGAAAGCAUGCACAAUUUUUCCUGUCGUAGCUUAAUCGGCAUUAAUCAGUUUCAUCUCAGUUUUUAUUUCUUCCUGGGGAUCGGGUCCUUGAAGAAAAUUCAGAAAAUUAUUCAUCGUUUCUAUGUCGAGCCCAACUCCUUCAUCUGUUGCUCCGGACAUCUUCAUGAAAAGAGUGGGACACGUACUACCCUGAACGUCUGUUUUCACUGACCUAUUUACCAAAGACUGGCAGCGUCUAUGUGCUCUGUGGUCGUACCUUCACCGGGAUGCGGUAACAGUAACCUCGACGGAUUUUUAUACGAGUUCCGUAGAAGUCGUUCGAGUGAAUGAUGUGGGGGUGUCAUCGUUGCAUUGGUCAGUCUUUUUUGUUCUGUGCUGCAUUCUUGUCUCUGUGCUGCGUGACUCAUACCUGAGAUAUGACUGAUAUAAACAACGGUGAAUCGAUGA